CAAUAUUCGUCUGUAGUCUUGUUACGCGGUUUAUUUGGACGUAAAGAAAAGAUGAACCAAAGCCCUGAUGCUGUCUAAAACGGUUGGAUCCCCAGGUUGUGUUGCUGGUCUUUGUCUAGACUGAAAUGGAGAAGAAAGAUUUGAAUAAGUGGCCCGAGGGUGAUCCACGGCCGGCUCACCUCUCUACCUGCAAAUGUAUGACAAUAGCCGCCGCGCUAAUUCUGUUCGUAAUUGGGGCUGCUGUGGGUUUCAUGACAGCUUACUUAAUACAAGAGGAGCAUUAUUUUAUGGACACGGUGGAAUUGCAAGGGCUCAAUUAUAAUGCAGAUCUCCAAGAUAAAUCGUCAGGAUUUUCGCUAGUUCUGUCUGCAACUCUGAAGGCAAAGAUCAAGAAUAUCUUUACUGCCUCUGGAGUGGCCAGUCAUUUUAUCGACUGCCAGAUAGUUGCGUACGGGAAUAUCAACUCAAAUGUGAUGACCACAAUUCGUUUAAUCUUCCGGGUCUCUCAAAUUCAGGGGUACAGCCAGAGUUUCGUACAAGACAUCCUACGCAAUGGAUUAAAGGCUCUUCUGAAUGGGAAACACAUUGUUGUUCCAGAAUAUGGGGAGAUCAGUGGCAUCGUCCUUCUUGGGGCCAGUGGAAAGUCAUUCUACGAGAUCGGGAAUGACAUAAGUAAAUGUCCUGAUAGCACGUUUACCUGUGACAAUGGCGAGUGCAUCACAAAGCCAAAUCCAGAAUGUGACUACAUAACAGACUGCACUGAUGGUUCAGAUGAAACCUUUUGCUCAUGUGGAACUCGUCCAGUCAUGUCUAACCGUAUUGUGGGAGGUGAAAACACCCGUCACGGUGAGCUCCCCUGGCAGGUCAGUCUCAGACUACGUGGCCGCCAUACCUGUGGAGCCUCCAUCGUCAACAGCCGCUGGCUUGUCAGUGCCGCUCAUUGUUUUGAAGCAGAAAACAACCCAAAAGACUGGACUGCUCUCGUGGGAGCCAACCAAGUCAGCGGUGCGGAGGCUGAAGCCUUCAUUGUAAACAUCAAGUCCCUGGUUAUGUCUCCAAAAUACGACCCCAUGACCACUGACAGUGAUGUGACCGUACUGGAGCUGGAAACACCCUUGAAGUUCAGCCAUUAUGUUCAGCCAGUUUGUAUCCCUUCAUCCUCUCACAUUUUCACUCCUGGGCAGAACUGCAUCGUCUCUGGUUGGGGAGCUCUUAAUCAGUACACAACUGAGGUGCCUUCCACAUUACAGAAGGCAAUCGUGAAGAUCAUUGACUCGAAAGUCUGCAACAAGUCAUCUGUAUACAGAGGAGCGCUUACACAAAAUAUGAUGUGUGCUGGUUUUCUUCAAGGCAAGGUGGACUCUUGUCAGGGAGACUCUGGAGGCCCUCUGGCAUGUGAGGUGGCUGCUGGGCGCUAUUUUCUUGCGGGAAUAGUGAGCUGGGGAGUGGGAUGUGCACAGAUCAAUAAGCCUGGGGUCUAUUCCCGUGUCACAAAGCUCCGCAACUGGAUUGUGAGCUACACCAAAACUGCACCAGCAAUCCAGGAGAACCCCACUGUCCCUAGUGUCACAACCACCGAGGCUCACCACGUUAAAGCUGCGAUUCCUUCCUCUGAGCUCACCACUAAUGACUAUAUCCCUGCCCUUGGGAACUGCAGUGGCAAUUAUAACUGUGGCAGAGGCAUGUGCAUAAGCAAGAUAAAUCCAGAGUGUGACAGAGUCAUCGACUGCCCCAAUGAAGCAGAUGAGAAAAACUGUGACUGUGGGAAUCGUCCAGCAGUGACCCAGGAGAGGAUUAUUGGUGGUGUCACUGCCCGGCGAGGUGAAUGGCCGUGGGUAGGCAGUCUGCAGUACCAACGCACUCACCGCUGUGGAGCGACACUCAUCCACUGCAAAUGGCUCCUGACCGCUGCUCACUGCUUCAGAGGUGACCUGAAUCCUGCUGGUUGGACGGUAAGUCUAGGCUCAGUCAUUUGGUCUGGGUUGGGUGCUCUGGUGAUUCCAGUGCAAAGGAUCAUCCCUCAUCCUGCUUUCAAUAGCAGCACCAUGGACUUGGAUGUGGCUCUGGUGGAAAUUUCCAUCCCUGCCCCCAAAUCCUACACCAUCCAGACUGUGUGUUUGCCUUCUCCCUGGCACAGCUUCAUCAAAUCUAUGGAAUGCUACAUUAUUGGAUGGGGCGCUGUGAGGGAGGAUGGUAUGAUUACAAAUUUGCUGCAAAAAGCACAGGUCGGUGUCAUUGAUCAGUCGGACUGCCAGCGGGCUUAUGGUGCUGAUCUUACCGACAACAUGAUGUGUGCUGGCUAUAUGGAAGGACAAAGAGACACGUGUUUGGGAGAUUCAGGGGGUCCUCUAGUGUGCCGUGAAACCCUGGGCCGGUGGUUCCUGGCUGGGGUGACCAGUUGGGGUCACGGCUGUGGUCGAAUUGGCUUCCCGGGAGUUUACAUGCGGGCAACGGUGGUCAGAGAAUGGAUAUCUAUAUACCUCCCUUUUUAAAUAUGGACACUGGAAAUGUCUACCUUCUCAUAGGUGACUAUUGAGGUCUCUCUCCACUGAAGAGGAUGCAUGAAGCUCAAAUGGAUGACUUUACUAACAAGUUCACACUGUACUGUCAAAAUAUUUAUUUAUUGAUAUGCAUUUUGAGGAAAAAAUCAGUGGCUAUGUACCCAUUUCGAAGGGUGCAAUUUUCAUGUGAGGUUGAGGGCAACCAACACAGCUGUGUAUAAAAUAAUGAAAAAAAAUGUGUAUAAAAUAAGGAUGAUUGAAAAUCAGUUUUACUGAGGUGGAGGACAAAACGGGACGACAAUCAUUUUUGUUGAUUAAUUUAGCUUUUGAAGAGAUAAAGAGUACUAUCUGGGACCCUGGACCACUAAACCAGCCUUAAGUUGAAUGGGUAUUUUUGUUGGUAAUAGCCAAAAUCUAUUCAAUUAUUUGUUUUAAUUUUAUCCCAAAAACCAUUAGAAUAUUGAUUAAAGAUCAUGUUCCAUAAAGAUAUAUUGUAAAUUUCCUACUGUAAAUAUGUCAAACCUCAAUUUUUGAUUAAUAAUAUACAUUGCUAAGCACUUCACUUUGACAACUUUGAAUGUUUCUAAACCCUCAGACUCCAAAUCUUGUAGUUGUAUCUCAACCAAAUAUUGUCAUAUACCAGGAGUGCCCAAAACUUGAUCCUGGAGGGCUGGUGUCCUGCAUAUUUAGGUUCCAACCCUGAUUAGACACACCUGAACCAGCUAAUCAAGCUCUCUCUAGGUAUUCCAGAACAGUGUUUCUCAACCACGUCCUAACCACCAGCUUUGCUCAUUCACCAUUGCUGUUUGCAGAGAACUGACUUGCGUUCUAGUGAAGACCGGUUUUGCCAAGUUAGCUCGGAAGAACGAACUUGGGAGACCACGAGAACAGAGAACCCAACCUCUGAGAAAUGAGAUGCUGCGUUCUUCCUCAUGGUCACGUGACCUUCACAUUUUUAACGGAAAAUUAUUUAAACAUUACACAUUCAUACCGAUGUAUCAAACAAUUUGUUUUUCCCCCUUUCACAUGCAUAAAAGCCUUACAAAUAUACAUUGCACAAUACAAAUAAAAUAGGUUUUAAUUCGAAUUUCAGCAAAUAAACACCCUUAAUAUGUUUAUGCCUUUGUUAAGAUUUUCGUCUCAUUUAGGGAAACUCCUGAGAUAAAUAAGUGAUAUCUCUGAACUUUAAUAAUAAUCUAUAUAAAAUGCUGUGCUUUCCACCACCUUCAUUCUGCCGCAAUGACUUCUGGAGCGAGUUUUGCACUCAAGUCUGCAUCGGUGGAUCCUUGAUAAUAAGAACACAUUUUCCAUGUCUCCUUAACCAAACACACUUGAUUCAGAUCUUCAGCUCAUUAGGAGACUGAAAACCCUGUAAUGGAUGUGACAAAGGAGACAUCUAAAACAUGGAGUGUUGGUGGUCCUCUAGGAAUGUGGUUGAGAAACACUACUAGAAACUUCCAGACUGGUGUGUCGAAGGAAGAGGGAGCUAAACCAUCCAAGACAGAGUUUGGGCACACCUCUCUUACACUGAUAUAGUAUACACCAAACAAAAGCUUACAUAUUCAGCUUUCAUAUGAUGUAUAAAUAUAAAUUUCCAAAUACUGACUGCUUUUGGAGUAGCCCUUGGUCACUUUUCUCAUUUCAACUGCAGAGCUUACCCAAAACUCUUUGUCAUUAGAUAUGAUUCUCAUGAUCAAAUUACGAUAAAUAUUGCUCAACAAUGACAGCACUUGAUCAGACCGUAGCAUAGAAGAAGACAGUUUGUGGAAAUGUAUGCAAUAUCGCCCCAUGUGGAACACUCUGAGAAUGCAACAGAAGUUUAUGUACAGAGUGUUUGGGGCCAAAUAUCAACAAACGGUGCUAAAUCUGUUAACCUCCAUUUUGUUUUUCAAUGCAACAAAAACAUCAAUAAACAAAUGGACUGA